GAUGGAUGAAGACGAGAGGACCGAGUAUCUCCGUAAGAAGGAGGAGGAAGAGGAGGAGGCCAGGAGGGCUGCAGAGGAGAGACGGCUGCAGCAGGAGCUGAUCAGCAGACAGAUGGCGCUGUUGCAGCAGCAGUUGGCCUUUAAACGGGGCCUCCUGCUGGAGGCUGGAGGUCUGCAGAAAACUCAGAGCGUCUCCAGGCCGUGGAUCUACUCCUACUUCACCCUGUUGGAGCUGCUGGAGCUAAAAAGCUAAAAGCUUUAACCUGAACCUCCACCUGCUGCCGAGUCCGUCGCCUCCUACAUGAUGUUAAACCACCCGAAGGACAGUCAGCAGCAGAAGGACA